AUGGCCACCCCCGAGAAGAACUCCGAGCCGGAGCCCACGGCCGCGCCCGAGCCGGUCGGCAUCUGGAAGUAUGUCCCCUCCCCGCGCGUCAUGAUGUGCGUCGUGGGUAUCAUCGGCUCGCUCUUGUUAUACGCCCUGCUGCAGGAGAGGAUCAUGACCAAGCCUUACUUCACGGGCGAGGAGCCCGACGGGGAGGACGGCGAGUACUUCAAGAACACCUUGGUCCUCGUCUUUGCGAAUCGCUUUUCCGCCGCGUUCGUCGCCGCCCUCGUCCUCCUCGUUAAGGGCGACUGGGGAGAGCUUCGGAAUAAGGCCCCGCUGUAUAAGUACUUCCUCAUCAGUUUUUCCAAUGUCAUCGCCACGAGCUGCCAGUAUGAGGCCCUCAAGUGGGUCACCUUCCCCACUCAGACUUUGGCAAAGUGCUGCAAGAUGAUUCCAGUUAUGAUUUGGGGUACCUUCAUGUCCGGCAAGAAGUAUGGCCCGGUCGAGUACGGUGUCGCCAUCUUCGUCGCCCUCGGCUGCACAGUUUUCCUCGUCUCCGGAAACAUCAAGGCGAAGAAGGCCAGCGCGGAGGACUCGUGGUUCGGACUCCUUCUCAUGCUUGGUUAUCUUGGUUUUGACGGCUUCACUUCCACCUUCCAGGAGAAGCUCUUCUCUGGCUACCAGAUGACUAUCUACAACCAGAUGCUUUACGUCAACCUUUGCUCCGGUAUGAUGAGCAUCGGCUUCCUCGUCGCCUCAGGCAAGGUCCUCGAUUCGAUCGCCUUCCUCACAAAGUACCCCUCAGUUGUCGGAGACAUGAGCAUUCUCUCCUUCUCCGCGGUGUCUGGUCAGUUUGCCAUCACCUACACCAUCAAGGAGUUCGGCGCUUUGUUGUACGCCACCAUCAUGACUAUUCGCCAGUUCCUUUCCGUCUUCAUGUCGAACCUCAUCUUCCGCCACGGUAUGACCCCCUUGCAAUGGCUUGGUGCCGUCGUCGUCUUUGGCGCCUUGUUCUACAAGACGUACGCGAAGGCAAACAAGCCUAAGGCUGGACCCAAGACUGACGCCCCGGCCGAGGUCACUGUCCCGCUCACACAGCAGCCGGCCAAGUAAACGCUCGUCCCAAUUCAUUUUCUUGCACCGGCGUUUGAGGCAGGUUGUGUUGAUGUCGCGGUCACGGAGUGGGGGUGGGAGGAAUGUGUGACGUUGGAUGGGAUGUAAAGCAGGAGUGAUAUCUCCUAUUUGAUCGUUUUGUUUCGCAGUCUUUUUUGCUUUUGGUCUCGAUUAUUCCGGGCCCGCGCUUGUUGCAGGCAACUUUUUUUUGUUGGUUUUGGUAUAUCCGCGGCGUGGUGACGUGUUCUGGCAGGACUUGAUGCCUGUCUAAACAUUUGUAAGACGUCUUUUCGCGUGCGAAGUCAGAGCUAGUGUAGGCACACUGACAGGUUGAGGAGGUGGAGAUGAAGCUAUGGACAAAGCUACGGGGUAGGCACAGUUUGUAGUGUUCGUAAGGAAGUAUACGGGCUCAAAACAGACUUUUUAAACAUCCUUCAACAUUGUAAACAGGUCCCGUACAG